AUGUCGAAUCAGAAUUUCGUGGCACCGUUUAUAUCAGCUGGUGUUCGACAAGAUCUUCAUGCACUAUUCAACAAGUUCAAUCAAUUGGAUUCCGUGCGGUUAAGCUAUUUCACAUCGAUUUUUCGGGAUGUGAAAUUCGACACGAUUUUGCAUCAUAGAAUAUCGCCCGCGGAAUACAGAGAGCAUGUCGAAUUUGUGCUUCAACAAUCCGCCAACUAUUUCCGCACACAUGAUGAUUAUCAAAAUAUGCGAACUGUCGCGCAGCGGAUUUUUGGGAUUUAUACAACGUAUGCUUUGUACCAUUGUCAACCAUUAGACCAAAUUUGUAAAAUACGAGUUACUACUCAACAAUUGCGAGAUUUAUUGGAUUUUGAAAAAUAUUUGAUUAGCGAAAAACAUUUGGAUGCGGCUGCUUGUAUACAUGUUUUGAUUGCAAAGCAAGCGUUUCAUAUUUGUCUUUUUCAAAGUAGUGUAAGUUUUUUUGGUUCUUGAUUUAGGUGAACUUUGUUGUGAUGAUGUUCCCUAUUUAUAGUACGACCCCGCUUGCCAUAAAAAAUACAUGAACGAGGAAGAGACUUGGAAAAUCGCAAAAGUUGAGGAACCCUUCGACUGCCUCCGGAAACUUGCCGAAGGCGAGGUUUUCAAUGAAAUGUGCCUUCUUCAUCGCAGUUAUAUAAAAGGAAAAGAGAAAUUCGGGAUUAAGGCGAACUAUAUUGAUACGAAAAACCCGCUAGAAAUGCUGAGAGAGACUAUUGAAACGCAUCAAAGAUUACUGAAAGUUCGACAGGAAACGGGAAGGGUUGUGAAUUUGAAGCAGCAACCGAAUUCUGAAGAUGAAGGUGAAGCUGAAGAUAGAGCUGGAAGUUCAGCGGAUGUUUCUGCUGGAAAUAGUCGGGGUGAUGCUAGAAACAAGGCUUAUACAUCAAAGUUUAAGCAUACUAGAAAUCGCCGAUAUUUGGAUCCAAAUAUGGAGGGUAAGAGAAUUUUGCUGAAAAUAAUGUUUUCAGACAAUUUUCAAUUAACUAGAUGGUUUUUAUGUUUUUUUUUUAAUCAUAGAAAUUGUUUUUGAUUAAAAAUGAGUCAUGUUCGGCUUUUCAUUCAAGUUUUUCCGGGUGAAAUAUGAUUUUGAUUAAAAGUCGAUAAAUUAGGAAAAAACAAAAUAUUGAUUUUUCAAUUUUUGGAAAUGGUGUUGUUUUAAAUUUGAAAAAAAACCUAGCGAAAAUUCCAAUAAAAUUUUAUUACCGGGAAAACCACAUUAAAUUUUUCAACUGUUUUUCUGAAAAUAUACAAUUUUGACGGAAAAUCCUGUAUUUAUUUCAAAUUUUUAGCUGAAAAUCUUCGAUUUAGAACGAAAACUGAAAAAUGCCGGUACCCAAAUCCCCCUUAUUCCUUCACAUUUUCAAAAACAUUCCGAAAAAGUGGAAUGUUCCAUAUUUCGGUGAUGCGAAAAUGCGCGGGAAUAUUGUGGGAAUUUGGGUACCCGCGCAUGGGGAACCUAUGCCCAAAUUUUGAAUUUUUAUUGGGAAUCUUGGAAUUUUCGUUCUAAAAUAGUUAUCUGAAAAAUGCCGGUACCGAAAUCCCCCUUAUUCUUUCACAUUUUCAGAAAAACAUCUCGAAAAAGUGGAAUGUUCCAUAUUUCGGGAAUGGGAAAAAGUGCUGGAAUAUUGUGGGGAUUUGGGUACCCGCGCAUGGGGAACCUAUGCCCAAAUUUUUCUUGAAUUUUUCCAGAAAACUUUGGCCAUCUCAAAACAUUCGGCGAUUUGGCUCAAGAAAUAUUGGAAGAAGAAGAAGAAGAAGAUCAAAGACCAUCCACUUCCACAUUCAAAAGUCCAGAAAAAAAGAGGAGAAAAAAGCGAGGCGAAGAUAUUCAAGCACAUGACGAAGAUGCGGAAGCUGCUGAAGUGCUCAGAAAUUCGCUGGACGGGAUUUUCAACCCGGAAGGAGAGCUGGAAGCUGGAAAUUCGAAAAAUUCAAAGAAAACUGCGAGAAAAGCGCCGAAACGAAAGGAAAAUGCGAAUAUUAUAUCAGUACCUGGGAGUGAAGAAGGGGAAACAAGAGUUGCGAUAUUGUCACCGGAAAAGAAACCGAAUAUUCCAGGUUUGGUUGAAAAUCGAUAUUUCCUGGUGAAAAAUUCCAAAUUUUCAGAACAAUGGACCUCGCGACUUCGAAAUAUCGAUAAAGUCAAAAGUAAAGCAGAUAAGGCUUUGGAGCGAAUCGAAUCGAGAAUCAAAAAAGAAGAGGAAUCUGGCGCAUUUUGA